AUGGAAACUGUCCAGGAGCUGAUUCCCCUAGCCAAGGAGAUGAUGGCCCAGAAGCCCAAGGGGAAGCUGGUGAAGUUGUACGUGCUGGGCAGCGUGCUGGCCUUCUUCGGCGUGGUGCUCGGCCUGAUGGAGACCGUAUGCAGCCCCUUAACAGCUGUCAGCCGCCUGCGGGACGAAGAGGCCGCAGUGGCCUCGCUGCAGGCCGCCCGGGAGCGACAGGCCCUUCGGAUGCAGGCCCUUCAGGAAAAAGGCAAGCAGCAGGAGGCCUUGCACGGCAACCGGGUCCUCUCCAACAGGCAGCACGCCUCCUAG